CCUGUUCCGGGAUUCCGCUUGUUGUCAGAAAGCUUUGGGGUUCCGGCCAGCGCUCGGGGCCUAUUUCUGGGGUCCAGGUUGGCGCGAGGUCGGCUGCUGCAGCCAUGGCGGCCUCCACCGCAGCCGGGAAGCAGAGGAUUCCCAAAGUGGCCAAGGUGAAAAACAAAGCCCCAGCUGAGGUACAGAUAACUGCUGAGCAACUCUUAAGAGAAGCUAAAGAAAGAGAGCUUGAACUUCUUCCACCUCCACCUCAACAGAAGAUCACAGAUGAAGAAGAGCUAAACGAUUACAAACUAAGAAAAAGGAAGACUUUUGAAGAUAAUAUAAGAAAGAACAGGACUGUGAUUAGUAACUGGAUAAAAUAUGCACAAUGGGAAGAGAGUCUAAAGGAGAUUCAAAGGGCUCGAUCCAUAUACGAGCGUGCUUUAGAUGUAGACUACCGAAAUAUUACACUCUGGCUGAAAUAUGCAGAAAUGGAAAUGAAGAAUCGCCAGGUCAACCAUGCCCGAAAUAUCUGGGACCGGGCCAUAACAACUCUGCCUCGAGUCAACCAGUUCUGGUACAAGUACACAUACAUGGAGGAGAUGUUGGGAAACAUUGCUGGCGCCCGGCAGGUGUUUGAGCGCUGGAUGGAAUGGCAGCCUGAGGAGCAAGCCUGGCACUCUUACAUCAACUUUGAGCUGCGAUACAAAGAGGUGGACCGGGCCCGCACCAUUUAUGAACGCUUUGUCCUCGUGCACCCUGAUGUUAAGAACUGGAUCAAGUAUGCCCGCUUUGAAGAAAAACAUGGUUAUUUUGCCCACGCACGGAAAGUGUACGAGAGAGCUGUUGAAUUCUUUGGAGAUGAGCAUAUGGAUGAACACCUUUAUGUUGCCUUUGCCAAAUUUGAAGAAAAUCAAAAAGAAUUUGAAAGGGUACGAGUGAUCUACAAGUAUGCCCUGGAUAGAAUUUCAAAGCAGGAGGCCCAAGAACUCUUUAAAAACUAUACCAUCUUUGAGAAGAAGUUCGGUGAUCGACGGGGUAUUGAAGACAUCAUUGUGAGCAAACGAAGAUUCCAGUAUGAGGAAGAGGUGAAGGCUAAUCCACACAAUUAUGAUGCGUGGUUUGAUUAUUUGCGCUUGGUGGAAAGUGAUGCAGAAGCAGAAACCGUUCGAGAAGUCUAUGAAAGAGCCAUUGCCAAUGUGCCACCCAUUCAAGAGAAGCGGCACUGGAAGCGCUACAUCUAUCUGUGGGUCAACUAUGCACUCUAUGAAGAAUUGGAGGCCAAGGAUCCUGAGAGGACGAGACAGGUGUAUCAAGCUUCUUUGGAAUUAAUUCCUCAUAAAAAGUUCACAUUUGCCAAGAUGUGGUUACUAUAUGCACAAUUUGAAAUAAGACAGAAAAAUUUACCAUUUGCCAGAAGAGCUUUGGGAACUUCCAUAGGCAAAUGUCCAAAGAACAAGUUAUUUAAAGGUUACAUAGAAUUGGAGCUGCAGCUUCGAGAAUUUGACAGAUGCCGGAAGCUUUAUGAAAAGUUCUUGGAAUUUGGACCUGAAAAUUGUACCUCCUGGAUUAAAUUUGCAGAAUUAGAAACAAUCCUUGGUGAUAUUGAGAGAGCCCGGGCAAUCUAUGAGUUAGCCAUCAGUCAGCCACGCUUAGACAUGCCAGAGGUGCUUUGGAAGUCAUAUAUUGAUUUUGAAAUUGAGCAGGAAGAAACUGAGAGAACACGAAAUCUUUACCGAAGAUUGCUUCAGCGGACACAACAUGUCAAGGUAUGGAUCAGCUUUGCACAGUUUGAGCUGUCUUCAGGGAAAGAAGGAAGUUUGGCUAAAUGCAGACAAAUUUAUGAAGAGGCUAACAAAACCAUGAGGAACUGUGAAGAAAAGGAAGAGAGACUUAUGUUGCUGGAAUCCUGGCGAAGCUUUGAAGAUGAAUUUGGAACAGUAUCAGAUAAGGAGAGAGUAGACAAACUCAUGCCAGAGAAAGUCAAGAAGAGAAGAAAGGUCCAGGCUGAUGACGGGUCUGAUGCAGGGUGGGAAGAGUACUAUGAUUACAUCUUUCCAGAAGAUGCUGCCAACCAACCCAACCUCAAGCUUCUGGCCAUGGCCAAACUUUGGAAGAAACAGCAACAGGAAAAGGAGGCUGCAGAGCAAGACCCAGAUAAGGACAUUGAUGAAAGUGAAUCCUGAUGCUCUUGUUCAUAUUGAUAAGUGUUUUAUUAUUUUUAUAAAUUAACCAUUCGGAACUCUUGUGACUCCGUAAGUUUUUGUAUAUUUCACCAGUAAGGAAUUGGAGUCUUUGAUAGCUAUUUUUUGAAUUAUUUUUAAAAUGUUCUUGGGUUAGUGAGGGGUGGGGGGUUGCAAGAAAAUUUUUUGAACCAUUAGUUUCCUUUAUCGGAGUCCAAACAUUUUUUUGUCCAUAUCAUGCAUUAGGAAAUCUAAUUGAGGUAAUGCUUUCAACUAUUUUAGAUGGACCUGCACUUUUCAAAGUGUUUUUCUAGAAGUGUUCAAGUUACAUUCUACAGUAACUUUUAAAGUUUUUUUUAUGCUUGUCUUCUUCAUAAAGAUAUUUAGUGCACUCACCUGAAAUCUCUAACUUCUUCACAUCUUCAGUCACACAGACUCGAGUUCCAUUCCCAGCUGCCACUUAGUAAUCUAUAACUUAAUCUUUUAGUUUCUUCUCUCAUAAAAUGGCCGUCUGCCAACUCAUUUUGAAGAUUAGAAAAAGAAUAUACCUGGCACAUCGUGACUGCUCAAUAAAAUGUUCAUUCCCAGCCACUUUCCUAAACAUGUUCAUCCUUGUAGAAUUGAAUGUGCUUGGAUUAAUUUAACUUCUAAAUACCCGUACUUUCUUAACAGUGGCCAUUGGUACUACAUGCUUUUGAAAACACCAGUUGGGAAAUAAUUGAUAGUAUUUCCGACCAAGGUCUUUUUGUUACCAAGAUGUUUUAGUCAAAUUUCAUGCUGUAAUCAGUUUCCCCCACUGAUUGAGCUCUGUAAUGGCUUAAAGAAUAGUAACACAUGUGCUGUGAAAAACAGUGCCCCCUGCUCCAGUAAAUUUAGGAAACCCCAGGUUAAGGUUGAGCCUUGUUAAUCAACUCUCUUUACAGUUCAGCUUCUCAGAGCCUUGGAUACGUUACUGUACAUGAUGAACCCCAAUAGCAAUGCUGGCGUGUUUCCCAACCUUACUGGACGAGGGAAUCAUUUCUACCUGUAGUACCAAUAAACAUCCCCUAGUGUGUUACAGCAGAAGGUAGCUACUGUAAUCCAGGAUACAUUUAACUUAGGCUUGGUUUAGAACACGUGAAAAACACCAAAGGUAACCAACUGUAAUGCCAAAAAAGAAAACUUAAAGUAGCACAGAGAUAUUAACACAUUUGUUGAAGCACUGCUCAUAUCCUCAAGCAAAAAAUAUUUGCCUUAAUUAACUGAUCUGAUUAUUUUCUUUAAUCUGGCCUGAUUUCUCAGGCCUAUUUUUUUGUUUUGUUCACUGCCCAAGUUAUUUGACUCGAACUGUCAUCUUCAAGAGUAUUUUUUCACCUGGGAGGGCAACUAGCAACUUUAUUAUUUGCAGAUUUAAUUGGGUAAGGCUUACUAAAUGUACAAAAAUGUUAAAGAAUAAAAAAAGCUAGUCAGUAUGGUACUGAAUUGUAUCUUGAAAGUAAGCUAGUGUUUGAGGGCAGAGGCGGCUAAGACGGCCAGGAUCAAAGGCACACCUGUGUUCAGCCUCAGUGCUUCCAGCUCUGGACCAGUGUCACCCAGCUGCUGGGUGUCACGUGGGUCCUGACUAUGGAGUACUGAGGUCUGGUUAGCCAGGAGGAACAUUUCUGAUUUUAAUACCCUUUAGCUAAGUACAGAGUCAAGGAGUGAGAUGAAAGCAGGUCAAAAUGCUAAUUAAGUGACUUAUCAGAGUCUUCUAUAAUUCUGUCCGGUUUAUGCUGCAUAAGAACAAAAAUUAAUAGUCAGGUUCCCAAUGUAAACUCCUACCGCCACUUUCUGGCUGGUGCCAGCAUGAAAUGCGUGAAGGAAAAAGUUUACCUUCUCAUGGGAGAACAUGAAAGAUGUCUCUCACCUUCAACUCCACCAGGGUAAGUCCUUUAAGAGGCAAAAGCUUUUUAGUAAUCGUUUCUGUGGGGUUUUCUUUAGCCACUUCUUUUACUCACUGGAUAUUUUCAGGUAUUACAAGUAAAGAAAACUAAACAUGAAACUACAUGGGUCGCCCACAACCUAGUUUUAUGGCCUUUCUUUUGGAAUUAGGUUUUUUCCCCUUUAAAGAAACCUCAGUGUCUUUUUAUAUUUUCAAAGGCAGGAUUUAAGCAAAGUAGUGUGAGAUUAGACAAGGAAAAGAUCUGGGACUUAACAGUAUGUAAACAAGUAUCUGGGAAGAAUUUACUAUGCAAUAAGAAGGAUGCCUAAAUAUUGCUGGGCAGGGGCUGUUUCAAGCAUGUAUUUUAAAAAUGCUUUCUACGUAAGCCAAACAAGAGAAACAUCAUAUCCUAAAUGGUGGCUCUUCUCAAUCCUGAUGUAAUUUUAUAAAUGACCAACAAGCUUCCAGAACACAUUCAUAGUCUACAGUGCAUUUUAUUAUACAUCUUAGAUUUAUACAUUUCAUAUAUGCUUUUAAAGCUUCAAUUAACAGUUCGAUACAAAAUAAAAAAUAUGUAUGUAGCAGUGGUUCUCAGGCACAGAAUUUAGGAGGAGACUGGAGCAAGUUUUUUCCCUAGCAUAUAGUAAAUAUUAUGAAACAAAAUAGUGGAAUGUUUCCAUCUGACCCAGCUGCCUUUUUGACUGAAUUUUAUUACAGUGAACAGCUUUAGUAGGUAGGAUAUUGCUAACUGGAAACAAUGAGACUCAAGUCUAUAACCUGUAUUUUCUUGAAGUCUGUGAGACCUAAAUGAUUACUUUUCUCCUAAUAGAGCUCCAAGAUCAUCCAAUGAAAAUAAUAUUGUCCAUAAAAUAUCUGGAGCAUCAGCCUAAGAACCACUGCCCAUGGUUAUUCAAUGUCUUCAGGCCUCACAGGAUGAGGUAAUGGUAUGAUGGAUUUCUUCUCAGUGUCUCUGGAAAGUGCUUUCCUCAUAUCUGUUAGGAAGCAAAAUUUAAUGUAAGUACCCAAAUACCAAAAUACCUUAUGUCAAAGUGUGUAUGUAAAGUUCUCAUAAGAGGUUUGUCCCCUACCCCAUUUCCUAGGUCCUCAGAGACAAAUGUUUUUAAGUGAGACUCCCAGUCACCAGUACUCAGCUCUUCAUACCAAUGUUCUUUUGACAAACUCUUAGUAAAAUUAACAUGCCGGUAACAUAAUAAAAUGACUGAUAGCAAUUAACCAUUGGUUAAUGUAAUUUAACCAUUGAUAGGUUCAUAAAGGCAGGUUAAAGGAGAUUUAAAUAUUAUAGCUCAAAUUUAAAAUAUUAAGUCCAACAAAUACUAUGAUUCUUUUCCAUUUGUUAAAAUGACUAGUGUGUAGAAUGAAUGUAAGUGUUUUGGCUUCUCUUGGGGGAGACUGCCACAGAAGGGAGCUCACCAUAGGCAUCCUCGUCGGGCUCUCCGUUGCUGGCCGAGUAGUACUCUAUGACCGUCCUGUACACACUGUAGCCCAACUGCUUGUACAUGUUGACUGCAACUUGGUUAGAUACUCUUACAAAGAGAUCGACAAAAAAUCCACCCUUUCUUUAAGGAAAAAAAAAGGGGAAAUGUCAGUUACAUAUUUUUAAAAACACUUGUUUUUAGUUGGCUUUGACUACUCUUCAAAGAAUGGUAAUAAUAGGACUUUGCAGCUGAUUACCUCAUAUCCAUUUUUAUUACUGAGGAUUUAUGACAAUUAUUUUGAGGUACAAAGAGAUGAUUUUCUCUUAGCAUACUAACAUUUUAAAACCUGUAUUUUCUUUAAAAGAUAAACUUUUAAAACAUUUUUUUAAACCAUAAUUGUCUUGUGUAUUUUAUAUCACUGUAAAUGACAUGCUCAUUUUAUCAACUAGUGAUACAAUAUUUUCACCUAUACGUGCAAAUUAAAGAUUUUGAGCAAUAACAGGCACCUGUGUGCCCAUGGCCCACGCGUAACGACAGGAUACGGGCUGCCUGACACUGGCAGCCCUGAAGCCCUCAGGUCUCUCUGGGCAUUGACAGCCAUCCCCUUUACCCAGAGGUCUCCAAGUCUUGACUCUUACUCUCAUUUGCUCCUUGGUUUUUGCUGUAGAUUCACCACCUAGUACAGUUUUUCCUAUUUAUGAACUUUAUAUAAAUACUAUCGUACUUUGUAUAUCAUUUGGUGAUUUGCCCCCCUCAGUAAUGUGCAAGUCAGCCUGGUGUAGCUGGAUCUUGUUCAUCUUCCCUUUGUUUAGCAUUCCAUUGUAUGGAUGGAUAUACUGUAAGUUGUCCAUGGUUCCACAGAUAAACAUGUCGGGAUUCUACUAUUAUAGACUAUGCUGCUAUGAAUAUUUUUAUUGUAUGUCUCAUGGUACAAUAUCUAAGGUCUACAACUAGGAGUGUGAUCACUGGCUCAUAGGGGCAUCUUCAGCUUUUUUAGGUAAUACCCAUUUCCCAGUCUGCUCACACUCCCCCGAGGAGGGUAAGACUCCAUUCCCACAGUGACAAAGGCUUGGUGCAUCAGACAUUUUUAUUUUUGAAAAUCUCAUAAAAGUAUCUCCGGGUAAUUUUAAUUGGCAUUUCUUAUUACUAAUGAGGCUAAAUAUAUUUUUGUAGGCCAAUUAGAUUUCUCAUUUUUUAGUCCUUAUUGGUCUUUUACACAUUUUUUUUUCCUCUUCCCAACUGUGGUUCUCUAUGUAUUCUGGAUAGUUGACAUUAUGUAAAGGAUUGUUGCAAAUCUUUUCCCAGUUUGUGGCUUGACUUAUCCUCAUGUAACUUUUGAUAAACAAAGUUACUUCAGUGAAGAUGCAUAUGAGCCUCUCCUUUACAGUCAGACUUUUUAUAGCUUAUUUAAGAAGUUCUUUUCUACCCUGAGGUCAUGGGUUACUUAAAAGGGCUUUUGAGUUUUGCUUUUCACAUCUAGGUUUUUAAUAAAUCUGGAACUGAUCUGUGUAUGGUAAGGUAGUAAUCUGGGAAGUUUUUUUUCCCACAUGGAUAUCCAGUUGUGCCACCGUCCCUACUGAAGAGAGUGUCCCUUCACUGCUGCUCUGCAGCUGCCUCCUCUGGAGUGUGUCAAAAUCCACGUAUCCCUGCAUCUGUUCCUCGAUUCUGUUCCACUGGUCUGGACAAGUACGCCAGCAGUGACACAGAGCUCGCUCAUUACUGCUUGAUAUCUGGAGGGGCAAACCUGCCCAUUUUGUUGUUGUUCAAACGAUCUUAUCUCCUUCCAUUCCCCUGUAAGCGUCAGAAUCAAUUUAACAAGUCUCACAAAAAAGACUGGCGAUGUUGAUUGCAAUUACAUUGGCUCCAUGGAUCAAACACCAGUUUAGCCCUCCAUGCCACUGACCUAGUUCUCUCUCCACUAAGAUAGGUCAUCUUUUCUGUCUCUCAGGGAAGUGUUGGAAACUUCAGUGAAGUCUCACACAGCUUUUGUUAGAUUUUUCUCAAAGGGCUUAAGGUAUUUUGAUGCCACUGUAAUUGGCAUCUUUUCCUAAAUUUUACUGUUUGUAUAGAAAUUGAAAUUAAAUUUUAUACUGACUGUCCAACUCUGCUUAACUUUUAUUCUAAACAUUUAUUUAUAGCUUCUUGUGGUUUUGUUUGUACAAUCUUAUGUGUACAAAGAGUUUUGUUUCUUCUCAGUCCUUGUAUCUUAUUUUUCUUGCUGUACUGUGCUGUCUAGGAUUUCCAGUAAAUUACUGAAGAUGGGCUGACUGUAGGCAUCCUUCUUGUCUCAUCCCUCUCUUCAAAGGGAAAGCAUUCAAUGCAUCACUGAAAUGAUUUACUACAGGUUUUUGGUAGAUAUUCUUUUUUUAGGUUAAGGAAGUUCUAUUUCCUUCAUUGCUAACAGUUUUUAAUCAAUAGGAUUUUAUCAAAGCAUUUUCUGCACUUACUAACAAAUGUUCUCCUUUCAUCUGUUAAUAUGGUGGAAUACAUUUACAGAUUUUCUCAUGUUAAAACAACCUUCCUUCCCCUGAUAGAUCAUCCUUUUUAUGAAUUGCUGAAUCCAUUCUGCUAAGAUUUUUCUGGGACUUUUGCAUCUAUAAAGACUGAUAUUUUCUUCAAAUUUUCAUUCCUCUUAUUUCUUGUUGGGUUUUCUUACAUAAGUAUUAGUUAUUUCA